GGCGGCAGGGCUGCGGCACGGCGCGGUUGGCCUGCGGCGGGCUGAGCCUGGGCUCCUGGGGCGGGUCGGGGUGCUACGGUUAUCCCGGUGCGGGCACCCGCCAUGCCGUCCCGGGUGGAAGACUACGAGGUGCUGCACAGCAUCGGCACCGGCUCCUACGGCCGCUGCCAGAAGAUUCGGAGGAAGAGCGACGGCAAGAUACUGGUGUGGAAAGAACUUGACUAUGGCUCCAUGACGGAGGUGGAGAAGCAGAUGCUUGUGUCUGAGGUGAACUUGCUUCGGGAGCUGAAACACCCAAACAUCGUCCGUUACUAUGAUCGUAUUAUCGACAGAACCAACACAACCUUGUACAUCGUGAUGGAAUACUGUGAAGGAGGGGACCUGGCCAGUGUCAUUACAAAGGGGACCAAGGAAAGACAAUACUUAGAGGAAGAGUUUGUCCUCCGAGUGAUGACUCAGUUGACCCUGGCCCUGAAAGAGUGUCACAGGAGGUCUGAUGGUGGCCACACUGUGCUUCAUCGGGAUCUGAAGCCGGCCAACGUCUUCCUGGACAGCAGACACAACGUCAAGCUCGGGGACUUUGGACUAGCGAGAAUAUUAAACCACGACACGAGUUUUGCAAAAACGUUUGUUGGCACACCCUAUUACAUGUCUCCUGAGCAAAUGAGCCGCUUGUCCUAUAAUGAGAAGUCGGACAUCUGGUCGCUGGGUUGCCUGCUCUAUGAACUGUGUGCAUUAAUGCCUCCAUUUACAGCCUUCAACCAGAAAGAGUUAGCUGGGAAAAUCAGAGAAGGCAGAUUCAGGCGAAUCCCCUACCGCUACUCUGACGGGUUAAAUGACAUCAUCACUCGGAUGCUCAAUUUGAAGGAUUACCACCGACCUUCAGUGGAGGAAAUCCUGGAGAGCCCUUUGAUAGCAGACUUGGUCGCGGAAGAGCAAAGGAGACAUCUGGAGAGGAGGGGCCCGCGCUUGAGCGAGCCUCCAAAGCCGCAGGCCUCCAGCCCUGUGCUGAGUGAGCUCAAGCUGAAGGAGAUGCAGCUGCAGGACCGAGAGCGUGCACUCAGAGCUCGAGAGGACAGUCUGGAGCAGAAGGAACGUGAACUUUGUAUUCGAGAGAGGCUAGCGGAGGACAAACUGGCCAGAGCCGAGAGUCUGGUGAAGAACUACAGCUUGCUGAAGGAGCAGAGGUUCCUGUGUCUGGCUAGUGGCCCAGAACUUGAUCUUCCAUCAUCAAUAAUGAGGAAGAAGGUUCAUUUCCGUGGGGAAAGCAAAGAGAAUGCCACAAGGAGUGAGAAUUCCGAGAGCCAGCUUGCCAAGUCCAAGUGCAAGGACCUGAAGAAGAGGCUUCAUGCUGCCCAGCUGCCGCCUCAAGCCCUGUCGGAUAUUGAAAAAAACUACCAACUAAAGAGCAGGCAGAUCCUGGGCAUGCGCUAGGCCAGCAAGACAUGGAGCUCGGUCAGUAUUCAGUACCGCCAACCCACUAGAGAUUGGUACUCAACUGCUGUAGUUUUAUGUGUCUGGUUCUGAGCUUCACCUUUGUGUGCAGUGAGCAUGAUGCUGGGAUUGUUUGUGCUCUUUUUCAGCAACAGGUCUACAAGAUGGACAUGUCUCCCUUUUCCUCCUAAUAUCCCUGUAUAGAAAGCAUGGUGCCUUUGCUGGUUAGUUGGGCUUUUGAUCCUGUGUGGGAUUACUACUGGGAAUAUGAGAUGGGACACCAUAGAUUUUAAGAGAAAAUAAUGUUAGGGAAAGAAUAUUUAACGUGGAGGACUCACUGGAAAGUUUGUGACUGAGUGGUGUGCCUGCAUCUGUCAUGUUUAGUUUUACACUGUAAAUCUGCACAGCAGAAACUGUGCGCCCAGCAUCUGCUGUCCACACCAUGGGUGAUGUACGUGGUCCUCAGCCACUCAGCGGUGGUUGUGUGUUGGUGUCUCCUGCCUUCACUGCAGUUUCCAGAUGAGGCUGCAGCUGAGGUGCGACCUCACUGUUCACAGGGGAUCUGACAGGGCGGGAGUCUUCGCUCUCCCACAGGAUCGCAUUACAGAGGUCAGGGAGAGCUUUUUAGUGUGUGAUAUUACAGGGAGAGACCCAGCCACUGACCUGGAAGCCCAGCAUUCCAGUUCCACGCUGUUUAUUGUGCUAGUUAAAAUACCAGUGACAGACUCCGGGAGAGAAAUGAAAGGGUAGAAGCUUCUACCUAAGAACAUGGAUUUACCUUCAGCGAAACUUCUGCUGGAACAGUUCCCAGUGAGUGCAGAAGAGCCAUUUAGAUUCCUGAGAAACCCAAGGAGGAGGCUGACACUGAUGAGGCCCUCAACACGCUUGUGCUAUGUGGCACAGGAGGGCACCUGGGGACAGGAGGCUGCUGGCCAGCCCAGGAGAGCUGUUCACUGUCAUUCUCCACCUGAAAUGCCUCUGUGUCCAAGAGACUCACUCUCCCAGUUCUUGUAUGGCCUUGAAUAGAUGGUUAUUUCACUGGAGGACUCCAGAUUGUGCCCUAUCUGUAUUAAGUGCCCCUAAGUAUGAACUGAACGGUCUAAAAUGCUACAGGGUCUUCAUAUUUUAAAUCACAUGUAUUGUUCCCUAAUGUUAGAGAACUGUCUUUAGAAAGGUGGUCUGUUUAAGGCCACUGGGAAGAAAGCAGGCCACCUUUGACCUCUGUCCACAGCCCCUUGAGACAGCUUCAGAAAAGAACUGUGUGGUGUGUGUUAUUGAGGGUGAUACUGCCUUCACCUGUGUUAGGGCCAGACAUUUGCUGAUUAUUUUUCAAAGACCUCAUCAGAAAGAGGUUCAUUUGCCUUACUUAAUAAGUGCUGUUGGCUGAGAGGGGAGGUCAGAAGCAUUUUAAUGCCACUUGUCUCAUGGUUAAACAUUCAGACUUCUUGCAUUUUAAAAUUCUGUGUCCUUUACUGUCUGGGUCUGUAAUAACUUGCUUGGGUGUGUAACUUGCCAGGGUUGACUUUUUUAAUGCUUUGUGUAAAUUCUCUACUGUUUGGCACUUGUAGCUGCAGAAGGCAGUGCCAGGGAUCUCUUGCAGCUAUGUCUUUGGUGGCAGCUUGGAAUGUAAAAUAUGGUGAGCAUCUUAUCUGUCUGUUUCUCUGACAAUCUACCAGAUGGGAAAUCCUGUUGAAAACUAGAAACCCGGUGGUUUUUCCUUUUUCUUUUUCUCCUUUGGUCUAUAAUGAUACUGGUAUAGCAGUACAGAGUAAAAUCCUGUAUAUAUACAAAUCUUAAGUAUGAGGUUUUAAAUGUCCCUAACUUUAGAAAACUUAAUUGGAUACAAUUGUUUAUGAAUAACCAGUCAUCUUAUUUAUAAAAUUUCCAAUACAAUAAAAAUCUAUUUUGUGGAAA